CAUUCUCUCACAAACCGUACUAUCGUGUUCACUGUGUGGUUUUUGUUUAUUGGAAAAUUGUUUUCGUGUGCGUGUUUGUGACUUUGUGACAUGUAACUGACCAGUGCUUUUGGAUACCACAUUUUCAGGCACAGUUUUAUUCACAAAGGAAAGUGAAACUGGAAGAGGUAGAAAACCAUUACAAACAAAGUGAUGCCAAAGCGGACACAUUCUCAUGGCUGCAGUGGUUAGCCAUGCAAUGCGACGAUUUCCAACGACUCAGCCUGAUGCCGUGUAUUCUUACGGUCUAAGGCCCGAAGGAUCUCGCAAACCCUGGUCUCCAUCCGAAGACGGAGAGAGCGCUCUAUCCCGCUCGAUGCGUUAUGCCGACCCCUGGCUCUACGGCAGCGUGCGCGCACCAGCUGGCCUAGUCCUCGCCCCAGCGUUCGUCCUCUGCACCUGCUCCGACUACGUCAACGGCACCAAACGCUCCUCCAAGAAGGCCCCAACGACAUGCAAAAAGUGCAAAGGCACGCGCCUCCCGCUCUCCCCCUCCGAGAGCAAGUUCGGGACCGUGCGAUGCUACCCCACCUCCACCACCUCCACGCCCGCGCGGGCCGGCACCAUGCGGGUGCUGAGCUCCUCCAGGCCCUCCAUCCUGCCGGCCGCCGACCCCUACGACCUCAUGCGGCGCUCGCGCCUCGCCUCGCGCUCCGCCUCCCCCAAGGGGGCCCCUCGGGGGCGGCGCUCCAUCCUCGAGUGCGACAUCAACCCCUACGAGCUCAUGACGGCCGAGAGCUCCCCCAGCAUCACGCUGGUCAACGGCCAGAGGAUCAGGGUGCGGCCCCCGACGGCGGACCAGGAGUACGAGGACGUGCAGGUGAAGAGACCGGCCCCAAAAGUGCCCCCGAACAAAAAGCCAAACGAAAAGGAAUCUGAGUGCAACCGGUUCAAGUCUAUAUUAAAGAAACCAACAACUUUCAGUGACACGGAUUCAAACAGCCGUGAGCGCAGCCCCUCGCCCGCGCACAAAAGUGGGUCACACUUUUACCUGCCAAUGCCCGGCAACACACCCAGGAAAAAAGUGCAGUUUUUGGUUGAAAAUGAACUUGAAGUGGACCAAAAUCGAAAGGAGGAGGAGGCGUCGGAAGACGCCGAAAUGUCAAACGAGGAAGGACAAGAAACCUCCGAUCAAAAAGUCUGCAAGUUGCGACGGAGCGUCAGCGAACGGUUCAAUCAUGGCUCGAAGAAAGUUGUAUUCCAUGAUACAAUGGCAUUACGUUCACGUCCCUCCCGGAGCGAACUGAGACUAGACUUAGGCGAGGAAGAUCUCGAGCGAUUAGACGGCCUGCCUUCGAAAACCAGGCGAAAAAGCCCCACAAAUCCACGGCCAACUCAACCGCCCCCGCCGCCGCCGCCCGCCUCGCCCCCGGUUGAAAAACCCAAACCCACAUCGAAAUGUGCGAAACCAGCGAAGGUCGCACCUCAAGAAGAACCAAAUGUGAAAACACAAAAAGCUAAGAAGGUUGCAGUCAAAGAACCAAUGGAAAAGCAAGAAGUUGGAAAUGUGGACGAGAUUAAGGGAAAAGUUGAGGAGAAAACGCAGGAAGUUGCGGUUCCACCGUCUGUUCCUCCUCGGAAAAGGAGCAACAAUAAACAACCCCACGUGAAUAUAAUUCAGACGUCUGCGAGUGUUCAGUCCGUCCAUGUUGAGUCACCAAGUGUUCAUUCUGUUCAAAUUGAGUCAUCGGCUUUGAUAAGUGAACCCGCAAACAAAACGGUGGUUCAAAUUAACGGCUCGCCGACGGUUCACAAAUUGCAGAUUAAGAACGAAUUCGCAGAUGUCGUGAACGUUCAAACGGUUUCCGUGCUUGAUAAUCCGCAAAGGAAGACAUCCAUCAUGAUAACAGGUGACGAUUGUUAUUCAACCGUAAACGUUAAUGAUGACGUUCCACUUUAUCAAUCUUCGGUCGUUGUGAACGAUACGGCGAACGAGAAAACUGUAAUUCAAAAUACCAAAAAGAGCAGUUCCGUUUACAUCACCGGUAAUUUCGCCGCGUCUGAAAGCAGCGAAUGCUCGAAAGAGCCCAAAGCCAAUGAAUCGAACAAAAACGGAAGCCAUAAGUACGACGAUUGCGAAUUAAUCGAAACUGCACAAAUAACGCACAAACAGGAGAAUAAUAUCCUCUUGGACACGUUCGACCAAACCAAUAUUCCCUCCUCGGAGCUGCUCAAGGAGCUGCUCAAAGACCCCGUUGAAGCCGUGCGGCGGAAUUUAGUCCCUCAUGUCUGUGGUAAAUCAGACGUGUCAAGGAGACCAAGGCCCAAGAAGUUCGUUUUUGAAGAAACGCAUCUGGAAGCGAGUGAUAACACGAACGGUAUCAACAACUUCAUCGAAGAGUCGCUCCUCAGAAUGAAGAAUUUGGAUUUGAAUGAUGAUCUAAACUCGGAACAUAGUUCGUCGACUCAGUACGAGCUCAUGGACGCCAGUUCUGAGUGUUAUACAGAUCACAGUAAUCGUAGCUCGGUUACUGAGGAAGAAUUGGCAAAUAGGACGAAGUUUUAUGAGUUGUUGGCUGACUCGGCGGUUGUUGAAGUCUCAGAAAGUGAGGAUCAUCAUUACGAAAGUAUUAAGAAUAAUUCGGACCCGAUUUAUGAAGAAAUUGAGAUUCCGCCGCCACUGCCGGCAAACCCCCCACCGUUGAGUCUUCUAGACGAUCUGCAUCUGGACAAGGAAUACACCACGAGGUCCAUAUUCGAGGGAGCAUCGAAAUACGACAUUUUAAGUUACUUGGUCGACGCAAAAGAGCGCGGAAUCGUCCAAGAAGACAAUUACUCGUACAAUUUCGCCAACAAUGGAAUUUCAGUUGACGAUGAUACCAAAGAAACGUACAACAGAGUCUGCCAUAUGAGCACUGUAAGCGAUUCCAGUGAAGACAACAGUCUGAUAAUGCCGAGUAAUUUAAUCGACGACAAAGUACCAUUCCAAAAAACGGCAGAAGUCGAGAGAAACGACUCCGGCGUUGGUUCCGAAACCAGCAAGAGUUCCCUCAGCAAAUACCGGAUGAAGCAAGAAACGGCCACAACUUGCGAAGACUGCGAGGCAGUUCUUGAGUCGUCUCAAGACACCGAGCCCUUGAUUUGCCGCAAGUGCUUGAAAAAGCGCUCGGAACGGAAGGAAAUCAUCACCGAGAUUGUGGAGACUGAGGAGAAGUACAGUCGCGAUUUGCAGAUUAUUUUGGAGGAGUUUUACCAACCGAUGUUAGUGGCUGGGUUAUUGACGCCGGAGCAACUAUCGGCGAUUUUCCUCAAUGUGGAGGAACUUCUGGAAAACAGUCAAAGUCUGGCGGAACGGUUGCGAGACGCUGUGGAAAUUGCAGUCGAACAGGGAGAUGAAGAUCUCCUAACUGUUAACAUCGGGAAGAUUUUCCUGGAGGCGGCCCCCAUGUUGCACGGAUUUGAGACCUAUUGCGUCCGGCAAGGCGCAGCAAGUCUGCUUUUAGCUAGUCUAGAGAAGGAAAAAGAGCUCCUCAGGAUUUUCCUCCGGGUGUCGCAAAUGGAGAACACGAUGCUGAGAAGGAUGAAUUUGAAUUCGUUCCUCAUGGUACCUGUCCAACGUGUCACUAAAUACCCACUGCUGUUGGCGCGGUUGUAUAAGGUUACGCCGGUGCACCACGAGACGAGGGAACAGUUAAAGGAAGCGCAACACAAGAUUGAGUUACAUCUGAAUCACAUGAAUUCCGAAACGAAGGACGUGCCGAGUAAGCUGUGGAGGAGGAUUGGGAGUAGUUCCGGGAGGAGGUCAAGCACCGAAAUGGAUUUGGUUAAUAUAAAGUUGAGGAAGAUUGCGGUUGAUGUGUUGGAGUGGAAUCAUGAUGAGGCCAAGUUUGCGUUGGAGGGGAAAUUGUUGUUUACACAACCGACGGAUAAUAAUUGGAGGAAGGGGAGGACGAUCAAGCUGACGCCGGUUAAUGCCCUUCUUGUGAUCAAUGGCAAGCCAUCAAUGAAUCGACCGGAACGAACCGACGAGAAUGGGUUGAUAUUUUCACGGCAUUCUGCGGCCCGUGAAGCGGCUCUUCUUCUGGUGCGGGACAAGAACGGUCGGUAUUCCCUUCUUCGAGAGCCGCUUUAUCUGGACCGCUGCGUCAUCGCCGCAGAUCCGGCGUGGCAAAGCUACUUCGAAGUACAAGAACUCCUAGGAAAGGAUACUUUCAUUUUUAAGGCUGAAGACGAGGAGCAAACGAAAAUCUGGUAUAGUCAAUUACAGUUUCACGCCCAAGGAAUGGGAGCUUGGAGGAAACGGCGUAAUGCCCUAGCCAAUAUAAUGAUAAAUGGCAUGGGCUUAAGGUCCUAAUCGACGUACUUACUGAAAAUAAAGAUUUAAUGAGCUUUAAGUCAUUACAACUCGAAUGUUUCCUGUAAUUUGUACUUGAUCGAUAUAGGUAAUUUUAUUAUUUCUUUUUGUAAAUAUUUAGUAAUUUAGCUGUGAUAUUUUCCGGAUGAGGUUUUUGGGAUUCAAUUUAUUUUACAAAUAAUAAUAUGCUUGACGACCAGUUUAUGGUUAUUGUAACUUUAUAUGACUUUAUAUUAAUCAUUGUAAAAACAUGUAAUUAAAUAAAAAUAAAUAAAUAAUUUAAAAUA